GACAGCGAGUUGAGGGACGAGCUGUGGUUCAUCGAGUUUGGACGGGGCGCCGCGCUUCCCUUGACCCCAGAAGAGGCUCCUGCGGACGGCGAGCCCAUAGUACCUUGCGCCCAGGGUCGCAUCGUCGUGGAAACUGCAAGGCCAAUUUCACCCCAUUUUGCCACCUGUUCGUCCUACCGUAGAAGACCCGUGUUAUUGGGGGCCAAUAGCGUGGCCAGUUUUGGGUAUCCAGAUGUCAGCAAAGGCGCCAGACCCAGGGGUACAACCCUUCCACAGAGCCCAGCGGCAAGGCCGGAAGACUUGAGAGUGACACCUUGGUACGCGGACGAAAUACCCGCGCUUUCAACGCCCCCGGUAACCGCGGGGCACGACCACAGUUCGUACCCUCUUCCCUACAAUUACGGGGAAAGGGAAUUAUUCGGUCAUCCAGAUCUUUCCUCCACGCAAAACAGCAGCGUCGAAGGUGAAGCGCCCAGGCCACCAAAUCUGGGCACGCAGAGAAAAGCGUACAUGGAUUUGAGGGAUGCGAUUGCGCUACUCGACGAAACGUGUCCAAAUCCGGAUGCCGCCGAACCAUCCCCAAGGACGCCGAGAACGCCGCUUACUCCGCAUCCGAAGAGUAAAAGGGCGAGGUCAAAGAGCAGCGACAACUCGUCGAACUACAGCAACGAACGUCUCAGCGAUAAAUCGACCGAACAACCCACGGCGAGGGAGAAGGAAAGGGAAAAGAAACGACCGUUUCUUAGAAAGAUCGGAAUAUCGAAAACUGAGGAUAGACCGUUCCUGGCCAAAUUCACACCGAGGAUCAUCGGAAAACCGUAUUUGGAAAAAAUCGGACCCAGCAAAGCGGUGGAGAAACCGUUCCUCGAUAAAAUCGGGACGUCGAAAACCGUUGAUAAAUUUACGUUCAAUAUACCAACACUGAGGGCUCACACGUCCCCAAAGAAUACACCGGAAGUAGAACCCAGAGAACCGACUCCCUCGCCCUCGCCGAUUCCAAAACUCGUUCCAAGAGAGGCGAGAAGUUCCUUCAGAAAACGCUCUGGCAAGGGACAACUGCAGAAAAUGUAUUCCUUUGAGACCGAAGACUUGAAUAGUUUCAAAGGAUCCAUGAGCCCGGUAAAAAGCCCGCGGGAUCCUCUGCGCGGCGCUUCGUUAGACGAUGUUAUUGAGACGUCUGGUCCCAGCUCGCUUCCGCCCCUCGACGUAACCAAACCCGAGGAAUUCCCAGAGCCAGAACCAAAAUCCCACAGCGUAGCAGAAUUAGUUAAAUGCAGGAUAAUGUCCAGCGAGGAAAUAAUUUCGUCCAAUUCGUGUCUUAGUUCGCCUCAGGAAGCGGUGAGCUGGGGAAAUUCGCCGAAGAGAAAAAACGAGACAAAUUUGAAAGGACCGAAGGAACAUCGCGGUCGCGUUUCCCCUCAUCAGCUCGUAGACGGUAACAAUUUGAAGGCGCCGAAUUCGCCGAUGAAAAGACAAAUAUCCGCAGACUCUCCCGAGCCAAAGUCGAAGGAACUGGCUGUCUUGAGACCCGGCGAAAAGUCGCCAACGAAAUCCAGGCACCUCGUAGUGCAGUCAGGAAGUUCGACGUUACCAAAACAGAAGGCUUUGUUUUUGUACAAAACUCAACCAAGACAAACAUCGGAUGACGGUAAAAGCGAAGUCUCUCCGACGCAGACGAGGAGGCAAAAAUCCGAAGACAUACUCGACCGAAUGGAGGAAAGAGACAACGAUAACAUCAUGCGCGACAAAAGCCAUGCGAACCUAGAAAGACGAGGAAUAUCUUCCGACAACCUCAAGCUCUCGAGAGAAAUAUUCAUCACGACUACUUUCGACAUCGCGUCUAGGUACCAGAGCCAGGAGCUUUGCGAUCAGAGGAGAGAGCUCGCCACGAUUUCGAGGUCACACGAAACUGCCCCGAAAAAAAUGGAAGUGCCGUCUGUCAGCCAAGAAUUUUCUAGAGAGGCUUUCAAACAGCUGCACAGCAAGUUCGAAGUACGUGGUCAACGCGACCUCGAAGAUACCAACCGUCAAAGACCGGCGGGGGAUAGUUUUUCCUCCUUGAACUCCGUCCGCUCCAGACUCCAGCUAUACCAUAGCGACAAAAAGGAGCAAUCCACCAGCCUCGCGUCCUCGUCGAACGAAAGGUCAGUUGAGGGUGAAGAUGGAAUCGACGAAACCCAAUCGUUUUGUAAUCAAGAAAUUGAAUACUUGAGCGGAGAUGGCAAAGGCGAGGAGGAAUCGGACACAGAGAAUAAUACUGCCGCCAAAACGCCGCGUUCCGGUAUGACCGUAAGAUCGGUGCUGAGAAAACAGAAAAGCGUGGACCACCACAGCGAUCAGGAGCUGGACGCGAAAUCGUUGCGUAAACCGAAACGAAGAAUUUUUCACGAACCGAGUCAAGAGACGAUGGAUUUACUCACUGAGUUACGGAAAGUCAAAAGUUUGCUGAAGACACCAUCUAUAGAAAAAUUAGACAAAGCUGAAGAAAUGCUGCCGAUACGUUUCCCCAAAAAAAUACAACUCACAGAUAGGGAAUUCUGUCUCUCCAUAGAGCGGGAAAAUAGCACGAGGAGAGCCCAGGGGAUAAUGAAUUUUAGUCAGGAUAUUGAACGCUUCCAAAAUCCGGAGACCAAAGAGCCGGAAAAACCUGAAAUUGAACUCACACUUCCAGGGCCAGCACUGUUCGAGAAGAGGUGUUUGUCUUUAGAUUACGCCGACGAUGAGAAACCCGCGAAACCGGAAACAAGGGCUAUAUCGUUGGCCUCAGCUAGGAGUCCACCUUCCGAAACUGAAACGACAACGAACUCACUGGAGUUCGGAAUGAUCUGUGAUUCGAAGAGUUAUUGUUCCGACGUUUUCAAUACACCGUCUGACGAGGUGGAAGUGUUGAAAGAAAAAACAUUGGAGAGUCUCAAAGAGCUCGACGAUCUUUCUCGGGACGAAGCAAAAGUUCCCGAAAGAAAUAAUCACUGCGCUGAAGUCGACAUAGCGAUUCCGAUCGAUCAAAAAACUAGCCCGAGAAGACGAGUCCAGAUCCAGGCGAGGACGAGCGAUCUAUAUGAGAUAAUAUCGCCAAGAUCGACUCCGUUCAGGGUUAAAAAAAGGCUGAGCAAAAUAUCCGUUGAGGAAACCCUUAAGCAGGAAAGCUUCACCCUCGGUAAAGUUGACUGCAGAUCCGUUGCCGUACAAAAAAGAAACAGAUGUUUUCCGUUAUAACACUCGAUUUUACUAGCUCGUCAUUAUGUCAUUGUUAUUUGUUUAUGAUGAAUUGAGUUCGGAGAGGAGUCCUAGCCAAGGAAAGAGAUCUUCAAGGCUCUUUUUUUGCCGCCAACGCACCAGUGGGACCACAUCGGAUAAAAACAGGUCGGGUAAGGGUAGUCAGCAAAUUAAAAGAUAAGAUUCACCGAAAACCAAUGUAACAAUAAAAUUUUAAGAAAUCUCGUACAGUCCAACUGGCUACCUACGAUGAGUGCCUCCGGUACCAAGAUUAAUGUUACGUUUCAGUUAUUUGUCAUAAAUAAAUUUAUUGUUGCAUGUAACAUUUAAUAAUCGUUACAUUAUUAUUACGUGAUGUUUUGAUGUGAUUGGGGAUGGAAGGAUCUGAAUAUUUGUGAUUUCAACAUUGAUUGUAUGUAUCACAGUUGUGAGGGCGCAGCUUGAAAUAUUAUUGAUAUUUAAAAAAAAAUUAUAUAUAUAUAUAUACAUGAUUAAUUAUUGUGUGAUUAAUAUCGCGUUUAUGAAUAUGGGUACUGUAUUUACAACAAAAAGUAAUAACAAAUUUUGUUAUCUCAUCGCUGGUGAUCAUCGAUGAUAAUUAAACUCUAUGCAAGGGGUCCAAAAUUAAAAUUAAAACGAAGAAAAAAAAAAAAAACGUAUGCUCUUCUGUGUCCAUUGACAUUUACUUGUGUGUUCGUAAAUGUUUCAUCGAUUAUAAUACCGCACGAUAAUUAAUUACGAACGUUGAUUGAGAAUAAAUUGACGUUUAAAUCUGAAUCGCACAAUUUUCAAAAUCCGAACGGGUCGUGUACGUGUCAUUCGUUCAUAAUUCUUCUAUUGAAAAAAAAUAUAUAUUUCCAUAGUGAAACCAUCUGAAGAUUAUUAAUAAUCAUGAUAACGAUAAUAAUAACAAUCGCGAUAAUGUUAAUGAUAAAAUCCCCAAAUCAAAACUAACCCAUCAUGAAAGGUUUCAUCAUUUUUACCAUUCGGCAAUAAAUAUCACCCAUUUAUUAUACCUGUACACGAUCCAAAAUUUAAUAUCGGAGGAACUUGGACCAUUUUUUUGUAAAUUAUUAUAGAACGUAAAUUUCUAUGGGCAAAGUUAUGCCCCCAGAGAGUUCUGCCAUGUUUUGAACAAACAUUUUUAAAUAUUUCUCUGAAGUUUGCUGGUUUCUUCGAAUAAAUGUAUUAGAGAAAUAGCAAAAUGGAUGAAUAUUAAAUGAGAAAAAAAUAAUGCAAUCUUUAUACGGUGAUGCGGAAAUCUCUCAACGUUAAUGAUAUUCUUAUUUAUUUAUUUAUUUAUCCUUAUUAUUAUUAUUAUUGUGUGUUUUGUGAUUGAUAUUACUAAUAUAUAUUGAUGUAUGUAAAAUUGUACAUAAGUAGCCUUCGCCUGUGAAAGAAUAACUAGUAGUCCUGAUCAAUUUGUGCGAUGCAAGGCAAUUACGGAAGAUUCAGCAUCUGAUUCUGCAGUAGUUGAAUUUACGUACUUCACUGAAUAUUUUUCAAAUGUCACUACAUAGUUUAUUUUUCGAUUUAUUUUUCAAUUUUCAUUUGUUGACAACUAGAGUGUCGGGAAUUUUAUCGAGAUCUGUCCAUCUAGAUUUUAAACAUCUCUCCGGACUGAAAUUGCUAGAUUUUCAUGAAAAUUUAAAUUCCAACGAUUUGAGAAAAGGUGGAUGAAAAUUCAUGUACGGACGUACUACAUACCACGGGAAUCCGUUUGCUGUAGAGAAAAAUUACUCCCCAAAAAUGGACAUGAUAUCUAGCAAUUAUAGAGCCCUUUCGUCGAGCAGUGCCUUGUUCAUAGAUAUUUAAUUAACAGAAAAAUAUUAUACGUGUAUAGAAAGGUUGUUAAAAUAUUAUCGAACUCCGACGAUGAAACUAGGUUCGUUUUUCGAUUCAUUUAUUUUUCACAUCAUCUUAUCGGUAUGAGUUCUAAAUACACAGUAUAAUAUGCAUGAGUAUGUGGUUACUUGACUGACAAUGAGGAUAAUUAAAAAACAAAAAAAGAAACUAGCCAAAGGGUAUUGAUUAGCUAGAAGUAAUUGAGGGUAAUCUGUACCGCCUGAUAAAUAUAACAUGUGAAACACACAAGGUAUUGGUCAAGAAAGUUCAGUUUUAGAAAAAAAUAAAAAAAUGUGCGACUUUAUCAAAAAUAACAAAAUUAAGAAAAAAAAAAAAAAAAACCCCGUCGGAGUUAAAAGUAAGAAAUUUUAACAACAAUAAUUGUGUAAUAUACAGAACGUUGUGUUCCACUUAUUAUUUCAUAGGUCGAUAAAUGAAUACUGAAUAGAUAGAUUAUCAACUUGAUACGAAAUAUUAACUAUACCUAUCUCGAUUGAUUGUUACAAAUAAUUGGAAAAAAAAUUAAAGUAUACUUACGUAUAAAAGGUAUGUUGACAUGUUAAAUAAUAGCGAAUAUUAUAUCGUAUAUUAUUAAAAUAUAUAAAUAUUAGCGUCUAAAUAAGUGAAGUAUAGAUACAUAAUUAUAUAUAUUCUAUUGUAAUGUAAUCCUAGUUGACGAGAUGUGCCAAAAAAAACAAUUUAUUAUAUUAUAUUAAAAUAUAUUAUAUUAUAUUAUAUUAUAUUAUACUAAAUUAUAUUAUAUAUAUAUACAUAUAUAUACAUGUGUUUGUAAAUCUAUAAGUGCGCCGUACCAGCCGUACGUUAUGGGAAUACAUACAUGGAUUCCAAAGUUGGCUGAGAAGGCAUUUAAUCCAAUGUUUCUUCAUACUUUGAGAAGACUUUUUUCAUUAUUAACUUCUCGGAUCAUAGAUAAUAUGCAUUUACGCCGUCGUCCAUACGUCAUAAUUAUUAUUUAUUGUUAAUUUUCUCCGUUGCAGAAAAAGGUAGAUCCUUUGAUGGGGGGAAAACAUAUAUAUAUAAAAAACAAAAUAAUAGAUAAAUCAAUCACUGUUUGAAUUAAAUGCCCUGAUCAAGCCAAAACGGGAAUUGUAGCUAGAAUAAAUCUAUUUUUAUUAGAUAUUUAAUAUUUGUUUCUCGCUGGCGAGAUAUCGUUAUUAUUGUACUUUAUUUUUUUUGUAUAAUAUCUGAGCCGCCACAGCCAUAAUCUGAGGUGAUUUUCUUUUGCAAAUUUUCAAUUAAAAAAAUAACAUACCUUAACAAUUUGGAAAAAAAUAAUAAUUACUUAUAUACAUAUGUAAAAGUAUUUACAAGAAAUUUAAUAAAUGCAGGCGAUUUUUCUUAAUCAUACGUAAUCAUUGUAAUAAAAUAACGCGGUGUUGUCAACUGCAGUAAAGUUACAUACAAAUGUCAUGAUAUUUGUAUAUAAUAUUUCCGUUAUUCAACAAAUACAUAAGUACAUAUACUUGAAAUACGCGAUCUGGUAUGUGCAUGUUUAAUUAAAUAUGUUUGCAUUCAGAUUUGCGUGAAAAAAAAGAAAAAUCGAAAUCAUUGGUACAGGUACGCAAUGUAUAUUUACAUAGCGAUACAAGAACAUAUUUCUAACGAAUGAAUAAAUAAAUACUUAAACAAAUAAAUAAAUAAAUAAAUAGACAGGUAAAUGUGGAACUAGGGUAAUAAUAACUAAUCGGAAAAGACGACAAUUAAAGAACAAAAAACCAAUCGAUGCUUUGAUGUGUGUACGAUAUAUUUAUUAAUUAUUAUAUUGAUGCAAUUGAAAAGAGGAGGAAAAAAUAGAAAAAGACAAAGCUCUUUCACCAGUGCCACCUGUACGUUUGCUUCAAGACGAACAGCGUUCAGUGCGUAAAACGCACCUUCAAAUAAUGAUACUAAUUAAGUACUCGAACGUUCAUUAUACAAAUAAAUCGUGAACGAAUUUAUGUUUCAACAGAAUCCCGCGUUUCGAACGAUCGUUCAAAUAUUACAUUUUACAGAACAAGCGAAUAAAUUUUUCUGUCCAUCAAUACAUGAACUUAAAAAAAAAGAAAAUGGACGUGCAGGCGAAACUUUCAUGUAUCAAAAAGAAAAAAAAAUCGAUAUAAAUAGAUAUACAUAUAUAUGUAUAGAUAUAUUACAUAUACGCAUAUAGGUGUUAUACAUAUUACGUAAUUACUCAGAUUAUGAUUGCUUAAUUAAUUGGAUCAAAAGUUCUUUCAAAUUUAUCAAAAUUAGUGACUAUAGUAAAAAUCUAUUUCAUUUACAAACUUUCUAAUGCUGGAUGAAGUAAAUAAACCAGUCGAGGAGUUUUUUAAUUAAAUUUAUAAGAAAUAUUAAUAUUAUGAGAUAAAACUUGAAAUAAAUUAAUUAAAAACUUAGCAGAAGAAAACGUGAGAAAAAAUCCCUUAGAAAUGUAAAUACAAUAAUGAGCGACUGAUAGACGUUUUGUAAAAGUGUGUGAUACGUGAUUAUAACGAUUGGUACGUUACUGUAAAUAAUAAAUAGGUUGUAUAUUGUA